AUGAUAUCCUACUAUUUAGAAAAUAAUCCGUCAAGUAAAGGUAAGGUUAGCAUCGAUGAGGUCACACAGACAUAUAAAUUCGAUUAUCCGUGUGAAUCAUAUUCUGAUUGCACCGAGUAUGUCAUCCAUUUAUCACCCGGCCUAUACAAAUUUGAGUUAUUUGGUGCCUCAGGCGGUGCCUGCACAAACAGAACCUCAUUAUUCAUGAAUUCAGAUGGUAAUUGCACGCACCGCGAAGCUGCCUUCCUUUAUGGCGGAAAUGCUGUUUGCCGUCAGAUUGUUAACCGUGGUGGUGCUGGCGGUUACAUAUCAGGCAUUAUAAAAAUCCUCCACAAAAUAACCGCUUUUGCCACUAUCGGCGGAAAAGGAAUCCAUACUUGUACCCGAGCUUCAGCAAAUCAAGACUCCGAUUACUACCCAUCAAACAUGGUGAAAGGCGGAUAUGGAGGUGGAGGAUGGGCUGCAAAUUGGUACUGGCAACCAGGAAAUAAUGGAGCAGGGAGCGGAGGUGGCCAAACCGCCGUCAUGUUUUUGCAGAAUGAUCUUUGGCAUCGUGUAAUUGUGAGCGGCGGUGGUGGCGGUUCUGACAACUGUCCUGCUCAUCAGACUGAAUUUAUGGGAGCUGAUGAUGGUUCCGGCGGUGCUGGUGGUGGUUUUACAGCUCAAGG